CCCCAAAGAUUCAAUUUCAAACGCAAAAAAAAAAAAAAAAAAAAAAAAAAAAAAAAAAAAAAAAACAACACGCAACAACACCACAGAUCCAAUUGGGUUUUCAUCUCGAUUCACGAACCUAAAAUUCAUUCACAAAACCCUAAUUCUUCAAUCUUCAUCUUCUCCACUGCAACAAACCCUAACUUCACCAACUCGGUUUCACUGACCGAGUCGACUCAGUCGCCAUAACCGAGUUUCAGAGCUGCAAUCUUACUAACAGCCGACAUUAUCAAUUUAUCAUUAUCUUAUAGAUUGAAGUUAGUUAUGGCUUCAACGAGAAAGUCUAGAAGUGUGAAUAAGCGGUAUGCGGAUUAUGUCGAGGUUUCUCCGGGUAAAAGUGUUGCUAGCAAAUCCGGACGGCAGAAGAGGAAGCUUUCUGACAUGUUAGGAUCUCCAUGGACUGAUGAGGAGGUUGAGCGCUUCUAUAAAGCUUAUAGGAAGUGUGGAAAAGACUGGAAGAAGGUGGCUGCCAUGGUGCGUACCAGGAACUCUGAAAUGGUCGAGGCUCUCUACACAAUGAAUAGGGCAUAUUUAUCUCUGCCGGAGGGAACUGCAUCUGUGGUUGGGUUCGUUGCAAUGGUGUCUGAUCAUUAUAAUGCCAUGGAAGGAAGUGAUAAUGAUCAAGAGAUCAAUGAUUUCUCUAAAUUAGCUCGCAAGCCUAAAAAACGUAUGCACCAACCGCUUCAGCAAAAUGAGCGGGCCGAAGAUCAGUUGAAAUUUAGGCUAGUUCGUUCAAGGGAUAGUUCUUUGCCUCAACUGAAGAGAAGGGAAUCCGAUGGAUGUACUGUUCGGAAAAGGACACCUCGGAUCCCUAUAAAUCACUUAUCAAGAAGAGAUGAUGUGGCGCAUGGUGCUGCCUUGGCGUUAACAGAGGCUUUACAAAGAGGAGGCUCCCCAAAAGUUUCUCGAUCACCACAUCACGUAAAAACCACUCCUUUGAAGGGCAGGCAAAAAAACUUGGACACGUUGAGGACAAAACUUCAUGGUAGCUUAAUCGAUGAAGAUGGUUUUGAGGGCAGUUCAGGAAGUGGAGGAGCUGAAAACGUUGAACGUGAAGAAAUUUACCAUAAAGGGAGAAAGUUUUAUCUUCAGAAAGAUGAUAAUGAAUUUGAUGACUGUGGGGAAGCAUGUAGUGGUACAGGACAAGGACUUGCUCUUGGUAUUGAGGUUGCAGAUGAAAAUAUCGAGCAAUCCUCAUCACAGGGUAAACGAAAUAGGAACAAAAAGCUUUUCUUUAGAGAUGAAAGUUCUGGCUUGGAUGCACUGCAAACGUUGGCUGACUUGUCACUGAUGAUACAAUCUGAGUUACCUGUUUUGAAAGAGGAUAAGCCACCAAUUGGCUCUACUGCUCAUCAGAGACACAAAAUCAAAGUGCCGCCUGACACAGAGAAACCCAAACCGGGAAGAGAAUCAAAAGUUGAUUAUAAGGCUUUAGCUACAGGAAAGCAGCUAGACUGGUCUACUAAUAAAUCAUCAAAAAGAAAAAACAAAUCCUUUGAGGUCCUUUCCAAUGAAGAACAAAACUGUGCAAAUAAAGUCACAGGUGCCAAUGAAGAUUAUGCACCUUCAAAGAUAUGCAAAUCUACAAAACUUGUGGAGUAUUCUUCUUCAAAUAGUAAUACAUCAAGGACAGGAGCUGCUGAGUCAGCAAUAUCAACGGCACUGCUUCCCACUUGUGAUGGGGUGGACUUGCCUUUCAAACGACAAAAUAAACGCAAAACGAAUCCAAAUAGAAUAGCAAACCAUGUGGAUAGGAACAUGAACUUGACAAAGGUUAAUUCAAAAGAGCAACCUAAUAAGGUUUUGCAGGAUAAGGCUUUUGGUUACCUCUCAUCCUGUACGGUACGUAAAUGGGCCACCUACGAGUGGUUUUAUAGUGCAAUUGAUUUCCCAUGGUUUGCUAAACAGGAAUUUGUAGAGUACUUAGAUCAUGUUGGGUUAGGGCACAUUCCGAGACUAACAAAGGUUGAGUGGGGUGUCAUAAGAAGCUCUUUGGGGAAGCCGCGGAGGUUCUCAAGAAGUUUCUUACUUGAAGAAAGGGAAAAACUUUGGCAAUAUCGCGAGUCGGUUAGAAAACAUUACACUGAGCUUCGAAGUGGUACCAGAGACGGUUUACCGACAGACUUGGCCCGCCCGUUGGCAGUUGGGCAACGAGUGGUUUCCCUUCAUCCGGAAUCAAGAGAAGUUCAUGAUGGAAGUGUGUUAAUCGUUGAUCAUGAUAGGUGCAGGAUACAGUUCGAUCGUCCAGAAUUAGGGGUUGCAUUUGUCAAGGAUAUUGAUUGUAUGCCAUUAAACCUGUUGGAUAACAUGCCCGAAGCUCUGAGGAGAGAGAACAGGAGAUUUUGUAUGAACUCUAGAGAGCCAAGGUUGCAACAAUUAGUUAAUGGAUCAUUGAUGUUACAUACUUCAAGUGAACAGAGUCCCACCAUAACCAUGAUGAAUCAUCGACUGGGAGAUAAUGGGUCUAGUGCCCCUGUCGUUUCACAGCAUGCAGCUUAUGCUACUCAAGUUUCUCAAAUCCAGUCAAGAGAAUCUGAUAUACGUGCCCUUUCUGAGCUUACCCGUGCUCUAGAUAAAAAGGAGGCGAUACUGACGGAGCUUAAGCUUGUAAACGAUGGCUUGAUGCGUCACAAAAACGAGACAGGAACGGAGAUGAAGGUAUCUGAAAGCUUCAGAAAGGAAUACGCAAUGCUACUUGUGCAGCUAAAGGAAGCAAGUGAGCAGGUUACUUCCACUCUUCUUAAUUUGAGGCAACGUAACACGUACCCAGUAAACCAUUUUCCUCCAUCGCAGAAGCUCCAAUCCAGUAAUCAGUUGGCAUCUAAUGUUGUUGAAACUGUGAAUAGUUCAAGACUUGAAGCGCAUAAACUUGUACAUUCUGCCAUGCAGGCAAUGUCUAAAAUUAAGGUGGAGCAAAGUGUUCCAUCUAGUGUUGCAACGGUUUUUGAGUCUCUAGGUGUAAGGAAAAACCCAACGGGAUAUGGGUCAUCAACGUUCAGACCAUUAGAUCAAGUUAAUGGGGUUGUCACAUAUAAGCACACCCCGGACCCUUCACAGGCAUUGGAUUCUAAGCUGUGUGGUGAUUCGGAGGCUACAAUCCUGUCUGACCUUAUGGUCUCUUGUGUUGCUACAUAUCACAUGAUACAGAUGUGUAGUGAACGACAGUACCCGCCAGGUGAUGUGGUUGAGAUGCUAGAUUUGGCCUUCACAAAAUUACAGCCACAGUGCCCUGAAAACCUUGGAAUAUAUAGAGAGAUAGAAAUGUGCAUGGGAAGAGUUAAAACUCAGAUACUUGCUCUUGUUCCAUCCUAAUUCCAGGCUUAUAUCGCUAUUACCAUAGUUAUUAAAGUGAGCGCCCAGGCGCGCCUAGGUGCAAAUAAAGCCCCGGGCCCAACAAAGCGCCCUGAUUGCGCCUUGCGCCUUUAAUAACUAUGGUUCAUGUCAUAGUUAUUAAAGCGAGCGCGUAGGCGCAAAUAAAGCCCCGGGCCCAACAAAUUGCUCCGAGUGCGCCUCGCGCCUUUAAUAACUAUGGUCAUUACUAUUAAGUGCAUACAACUAGUAUACAACCUCCUAAAUCAUUUUAUCUAACGAUUUAAAAAAUCAUAAUUGUAGUAAUUUUGUUUUGGCAUUCCUUAUUAAUGCAUUAUUUAUUUAUUGAGUUU